CCAUCUUCUCCCCGCACAGCUCACCACCAUCAAUCGCUUUAUUACACGUUAACCUAUCCGUAUAUAUCCAUCAUGGUCGCCAUUCCUGUUCCUGAUAACUACGGGGCCGUCAUUGCCGUCGCCCUCGGCGCCAUCCCUGUCCUCGGCUUCAUUCACGGCGGCGUCACCACAGGACUGCGCAAGGAGGCCAAGGUCCCUUACCCGCACAGCUAUGCCACCAUUGAGCAGUGCAAGUCCAACGCCAAAGCCGAGCAAUUUAACUGCGCCCAGCGCGCCCACUCCAACUUCCUUGAAAAUGCCUCUCAGACUAUGCUCUUCACCCUCGUUGCCGGCCUGAAGUACCCCGAGCUGGCGACCGGCCUCGGCGCCGUUUGGCUUGCUGCCCGUGUGCUCUUCCUGUACGGAUACGUGUACUCGGGUAAGGCCCAGGGCAAGGGCCGCAUGCUUGGAGGGUGGUUCUGGUUGGCCCAGGGUGCGCUUUGGGGAUUGAGCGUGUUUGGUGUGGGCAAGAGCUUGCUUUCUCUUUGAGAAGUUUGACUGCUAUAUAUAGCACUGCUGUGCAUUCUCUUGGUCGUGUUCUCUGGGUUCAUAUUGGAUACCUGAAUCUAUAAGUGCGACUUGUAUAAUGUCAAUAUAUAUAUAUAUUUAU